AUGAUCCUAUUGGCUCAGAAGCUUCCGGCUUCUUCCUCUUAGAUUAGAUUAACAAGUACUAAUCAGUACUACAAUCAGUAGAUAUUUGAAUUAGACAGAGGGUAAAUUUCACUCCUUAGACAGUUUUAGCAGUUGCGUUCACGUUUUGUCUCUUGUUUAUCGUGAGGGAUUAACUAGGAACUGUCAACUGUCAACUACAGUAGAUUAUUUUUGCACGACGCGGAUUGCAGCCAUGAUGGCGUCAAGCUACAACGCUAAGGAGGAGGACGGACCUCACUCAGGUGCUUCGAGCCACGGAGGCCCAGCGGCUGCGAAAAGUAAAAAGCCGGACAACACGGCGUUCAAGCAGCAGAGACUACCAGCCUGGCAGCCCAUCCUGACAGCAGGCACCGUGCUGCCUGCUUUCUUCGUUAUCGGUCUCAUUUUCAUCCCCAUCGGCAUCGGCCUGUAUGUCUCAUCAAACAACAUCAAAGAGUUCGAGAUUGAUUACACUGGUGUAGACUCUUCCAGUCCAUGCUACAGCUGUGCCAACAACUUCAGCUGGAACAGCACAACACCAUGUUUCUGCUCUGUGGACUUCACAUUGGAGCAGCCAUUUGAGAGCAAUGUCUUUAUGUACUACGGCUUAUCCAACUUCUAUCAGAACCACAGACGCUAUGUGAAGUCCAGGGAUGACAGCCAACUGAAUGGUGACCAGUCUGCUUUGAAGAACCCCAGCAAGGAAUGCGAACCAUACCGCACAAGUGAAGGACUGCCCAUUGCUCCAUGUGGGGCCAUAGCAAACAGCCUUUUCAAUGACACUCUGGAGCUGUAUCAUAUUGAUUCCAAUGGUACCAGAAAUGCAAUUAAUCUGGUAAAGAAGGGCAUUGCAUGGUGGACAGACAAGCAUGUGAAGUUCAGGAAUCCUGGUGGAAACAACAACCUUACUGUAGCUUUCCAAGGCACCAGUAAGCCGGUCAACUGGAGAAAGCCAGUGUACGAGUUGGACCCAUCUGAUCCUGAGAACAAUGGCUUUAUCAAUGAGGACUUCAUUGUGUGGAUGCGCACGGCUGCGUUGCCCACCUUUCGCAAGCUAUAUCGCAUCAUCCAGAAGAAGUCUAGCACGACCCCCACUCUACCCAGUGGCAAAUACGUCUUGGACAUCACUUACAAUUACCCUGUGCUCAGCUUUGAUGGUCGCAAGCGGAUGAUCCUGAGCACCAUCUCCUGGAUGGGAGGGAAGAACCCCUUCCUUGGCAUUGCCUACAUCACUGUAGGCUCCAUCUGCUUCUUCCUGGGUGUGGUUCUGCUCAUCAUCCACCAUAAAUAUGACACCCGCAACAACAGUGCAGAUAUUCCAAGUUAAUCUGUUUGUGUAUCGCGUUUUCCUGUGUCUGCAUGCAUGGGUGACCCUAAAGGGUCCGUUCUGGACUGCUUGUUGAUUUUAGUGUGAUUACACUGGUCUCUGUAAUUGUCUGUUGUGUGUUUGUGCAAGGACAGCAGUGUCUUAAGUGUUUCAUCAAAAGCAGUGUUUAUGUAUAGGUCAACUAAGGCAAAAGAAGGAUGCUAGAGUCUGUGUCUCUGUGCAUAUAGCUUCAAGUCAGCUGCUGAGAAUGUCAUUUCCUCUCUUCAAAAGAAACUUUUUAUCUUCUAUUUAUCUAUACAUUAUUAAAGUAUCUGUGUUUUAUUUUAGCAGUGCUUUGCGAAUGGCUUAAUUAUUGAAGGAUGUAUGUAUUUUUAACGCAAGUUUUUGUCCAUACUAUGUACUGUAAUAUGUCCUGCUGAUGAAUGUACCAUUUUAUUUCAUUGACAUACCUCUGUGGUUUUUGAGAUUACCUUGAAUAUAGGAUGGGAUAAUCAUUGCUUGUGUGCCGUUUAUUAUGGUAAGCAUUGAUGUUUAACAAGAAGUAUAUUAUCCUUGGAGAGUCAUAGAAUACUCAUGAUAAGUAGUACCAAAAGUGUGGUUAUCUACCCUCCGCUGUGACUGGUUGUAUAAAGAGACUGAGCCAGUCAUAAAGCAUCUUUUUAAAAUUAUAAUCUAAGGUUUAUUAAUGAUGGCAACAUUAACCUAUACCACUAUAUCCAGUAUUCUUGAUUCUAAGACACUGGGCAGCGUCUCAGGCUGAUUAGAGCACAAAAAUGAUUUCGUUUUUACAUUUUGGUCUGAGUGUUAAGUUAUCUUGCGUUCUUCAAUGUUGACCAAAUUAUAUGCACUUUAAAAGUGUCACAUUUGUUAGUUUUCCCCCUUGUUUCACUUAAUCUUCUGUUAUAAUAUUGUGAUCUGGAUUUAUUAAUAAUGAGUAAAUUGUUUAAAUUGGAAACUUAUGGGUUUUUAUAAGGUUUGUAGGGUCCAAUCAUGUAUGGGUCCAAUUAAACAACUUCCUGAAUGUA